UUCAAGUCCGGAGACUUCCUCUUGGAGUACAGGGGGGAAAUAGUUAGGAGGAAAGAGGCAGAAGAGAGAGAGAACAAAUAUUUACCACAUCACGGAAGCUUUAUGUAUUUAUUCCCAUUGGAAAAACCUACUGGUUAGUUUUUUUUUAUCUCCAGCAUUACAAAACUGCAAGGGGGACAUUUGUACCAGCGAAAAAAGGAACUUAGUUACAUUAAAAGAGAAUAAUUAUUGUUUCCUAGGCACUGUAAAGAAGAAGGUAGUCACGUUAAUAUUGCUUGCAGUUAUUUCAAUUCAGAAAUCUAGACAAAUGGGUUAAAGGACUAAAGUCUAAGGACUGAUCGUGUGUAGUUACAUUUAUUUUUAUGGGAUCUAACAUUUGCUGAUCAUCAGAAAACUCCUAAUUUGUGAAAACAAGGCAAAAAAGUACAGUACAUUAACAUGUAACAUCAUCAAAAUAAUUAUCACUGUAUCACAAAAUUCCUUAAAAUUAAGUUGGCUCAAUAGGGGCUUUCAGGCUGAAAACCUCCCAAGUUUGAGGAUAAACUAAGUCGCCAUUAACAAAGAUUUACCACAAAAAAAAUUACCACUAACGCUGUAUAAGAUAAAGAUGAAACUUUGUUAUGAUCAGGGUUACAAUGACAUUGGAGUUGUUAUAGCAACUAAAUGAGGCCAUGACGUAUGUAAUUUGCAGCUGUAUUUCUGGCAAUGGGAACUGUUCAUCCAAAAUUGUUCACGGGAGCUUUUUCCUCCAAUAACUGAAUGAAGCUUAAGGUGAUUCCCUGAUCUUGCACUGCGCAUCGCUUACUGCACAUAACAAGAUGGCCUCCGUAAAAAAGAGCUUGUGAAGUAACAUUAUAAAAAUGAGGUUGACCGAAGAGAAACGCUAUUGCAAUUUUUGCUUGCGGUUGUUUCUUGCCGAGGUGAGACUCAAUGCGGUGGGAAUGUGCAUAACGUAAGCAGUACGCGUGUUGCUGAGUUCGACUUCCUCACCGAGAACCUCGAUAGUGAGUGUUUAAUUUGUGCUUAUUCACUUUGAUUUUCAUUUAAACACUUUCUUUAUCACAUUGUGUCCUAAAUGUGAUAUCUCGAUGUAAAUUCUGUAAAAACGGAUUUUUUAAUACUUUCUUCCCCCUUUCGCAUACAUUCUAUUUUGAAACUAGCCCCAUUCCUCUCUCAAAAAUCAAGGAAAAUGCAUUUGGUGCGCACUUUCUGCAGCUCUACCGCAAAAACGAGUACGGUGAUCCCCAUUUUUUAUUUCAUGAUUUUAAUAAGGACAGUGCUUCCUUUCGGUGAGGAAAAAAUUGGCACAAAUCUAUGUUCAGUUUUUUGGCAAUUUUACUAAAUUGUACGGAUUGAGCUAUCACGUGUCAAAUAGCGCGUGUCCAAUUUCAUUCCACUUUGGAGCGUAAAGUAAAAACAAGGGCAUUAAAAGGCAUUUUUCUAGUACGUAACAGGAUAAAAAAUACAUUAAGGGACCGGUAAAAAAGUAUAGGGGGGGUGGGCUGGAGCAUUUGGAAAUGUGGUUGAUAAAAAACACAUGACCCAUCCCCUCCCUUCGGCACAAAAAUGACUGACCCACCCCUAAAGCAAGGUUGGAAAUUGCAUAACCCACCCCCUAGUUAAAACACGGAUGUUUGGUUUCCUCUUAAUAAUCCAAUAAAACCUUGUUCUGUGCUUGACAAAAUUUGUUGAUACACUGCUACAACUAAUAUCAAAAUCACAGAAAUGAUACCUUUCACUGAAAAGACAAAUGUGAAAAACUGAACAUUUCUUGUUUCGAUGGACGUUAUCAGUCUUGACACAAAUAUACAGCAAACGAGGGUAUAUACUGAAAUUAUCUGUCACAAAGCAUAUGAAAAUUUCUACAAAGACAACCCAUUCCUACACAUUUACUUGCCGGAAAUGCUUUGAUUAAUCCUCAAAGAAAAUCUCUUCCACUUCAAUGGCAUGCACUACCUAAAAAACCAUGGAACCAGCCUCGUACCCAGGCCUGUUCGCGCUAUCCGAGUGAACAAAGGAGGCUUGGAACCGAGCGCGAUAGCGCGAGGCCUGGCAAAAAAUGGCAAAAAAGUCCCAGAUCAGCAAGAAAAAGUCCCAGAUAAUUUCUCGACGAAAAUCCUCUGUUUUCUGCGACAGUCAUGGAAUAUUUUGGACGUAUGAGAUUAAUACAUCUCUUCCGAGCAUCUGUGGACCGUUUUAUCGGAUAGCAACGAAGUGGGGCGGGCGUUUUUUCCCCAUAAACCCUGGUAAGUAAGCAGAUUAUUUCAUUAUUUACAGUCUAUAUCGGCCCAGUCCAGAUCUUGCUACACGAAGUUAGAAAAGAGUUCCUUUGGAGCUGGGCAUGGGACGAGUUUAUUAUCACUAUACACUGUAUCUACAGUAGUUCCAAGGCUUCAUUUUCAUUGAAGAUAAAAACAAAAUGGGCGUGGAUCUUUUAGUGUAUAGAGUUAGAGUGGGCUUAUUUUGCCUUUGUUACUCGACGAGGAUAAAAUCACAAUCUAGUGAACGGUUUCCCGGGAAAACCAGAAAAAUCCCUAGAUGCAUGUAAGUUUGUAUGAAAUAGUUUAUUUCAGAUUUAAGGCUAAUUUUGUUUUCUGUCAGACUUCGAGUAAAUUACACCUCUCGUUCGCCUUUCAAUAACCUACACUUAAUCUAUAUUUGUUAUAGCUUGGCUUGUAAUUGCAUCAUCCUGUUAAUAUGCUUGGUGUUAGCAGGAGAUAUUCACCCUAAUCCUGGUCCAAAUUCAGGUAGAGAAAAAUAUGCUUUACCUUGAUGUUAACCUUUUUUUUUUCAUUGCUUAGUUAAGAUAAUUAUAUUAUAUUAAUUUGCUGCUCUUGACUUUUAGAUUCUGAGUAUGAAUUGCUAACAGAUCCAUUGUGUAGUGGUCCAGGUUCCGUUAGUCUACAAGGUAUCAAUAUGCAUUAUUUGGUAUAUUUCCCUUAGUUGCAAAGUAAGCAUUCAAACGUGUCAUUUGCUGUCAAUUUAGGUGAAGCUUUGAGGAAGUCACAGGAUGUUUUUCGCUCCAUAAAGAAACAGAAGUAUUCGGGUUCCCCAUUUAAACAAGGUAUAACUCAGUUUUAAAUAUCAUUAAUUCUACAAGUAUAGUUGUGUCGUUCUCUUUGACAGUCACUUGCAUUCAUAAAAACCCUAACACAGCACAUUAAAUAUGUACGUUUGCAGAAGCCAUUAGCAGGUCUGAUCACUAGAAAUUUUUCCAGAUGAUUUACCUUUUAUUUACUUUUAAGCCCAUCCCAAGUGAAAUGAAAGCCAUGUAAACUAUUACAUACUUCUCCAAGCAUUGGUACAUUUAGUGGAUAAAUUUUAUCCUCUCCAAAAUUUGAAUUAUAUUAUUGUCUUGUUUGACUAUAUACUUACAGAGAUCUUAAAUAUGUAAGGUAACACAAAGUGAACGUGUAUUCACACAUGCCCAGCUUUUGCAUUACUAAAAAACUAGCAGAUAGAUAAUAUUUUGUCAUAUUACACUGUGAAUAAUAUCUAUUAUUUUAAAUUAAAUUAUUUUAGUGCAAACCUCUCCCAGAAAGGUUAUAUCAAGUGCUGCAAAAAGGCAGAUGAAAUUUUCUCCAAGUCCACUGAAAAAGACAUGCAAGAGGACAAAGUUUGAAAAAAAAGGAACAUUAGGUAUAGUAAAUCACUCAAGGUCUUGAUUUGUGUAAUUAAAUGAGAUCUAUAACAAACCGGGUGUAAAGACAUCCCAGUGUCAGUCGAUAGUGGUGGGGAGAGAACCCUCUUUUCAAUUUGUUUUACGUUAUUAAAUAGAUAUGAGGUAGUGUCCAUUAGGACAGCUGCACUACAAUGCACAGUUGAAAAUUUCAUCUAAAUGCAUUUGAAGUAAAAGAUACUUAACAGCCGUUCCAUGCUUUAUUAUCAACCUCUUACUGAAGACUAAGGACUUUUUUUUCCUUUUAACAGAAUCUCUUAGCAAAGUUGUUGACUUAUCAUUCACAUUUAAGGAAGGGUCUGCAAUGAAACAGGCUGAUGUUUUUAACAUCAUAAAAGACAAAUCUGGUCGUGUUUACUCCAGGAGAGAAAUUGAUCAUGUUAUCAAGUUACUGUUCCCUGGUGUGGUGAAGAAACCAAUGAAAAUUGCUAAAAAUGAACCGAACAAAGAUGGAGGACAAAAAGAUCAAAGACAGAAGCGGUAUCCUUUCGCUAGCAUUACAGCUCCAAGACCUUUUACUACUGUCACAGCACAUUGUGCUCCUUCAAGGAAAUAUAUUAACAAGUAAAUUAAGGCUAAAAUUAGGCCAAUUUUCAAUAUAGACAAUAUAGUAUUAUUGUGUAUACCCUUGUGACUCAACAGUAGUGAACCAAUAGCUGUGGCAAAGAUAAACAUUUUUAUUUAUAAUAAUAAUAAUAAUGCGCAUUACAUGAAAGUAAAUUAUCGACAUUAAUAAGUUAACCAAAAUAACUAAAAAUAUUAUAUUAAAAAAAAACAACAAUGGAUCUAUAAAAAUAUAAUAUAUACAUAAUCCUAAAAAAUCCUAAUAAAAAGCUAAUCUACAAAAAUGGGUCUUAAGUAAACCUUUCAACCUAUGAAAAUUGGGCUCAUUUCGUAUUUGUGAUGGUAACCCAUUCCGCAGUUUAGGCGCAGCAGCUAAAAAAGCAUGGUCACCCAAUGUCUUUUUAGUUAAAGUUUUUGGCGUUUGAAGCAUGAUUCCCAUUGCACACGAUCUUAAAUUGCAACUCUUUUCCUCCCUUUUGUUAAUGACUUCUUGUAGAUAUACCGGAGCUUGUCCAUGGGUCGCUUUAAAAGUAAUUAUAAUAAUCUUAAAAUGAAUCCUAAAUUCUACUGGAAGCCAAUGAAGCGUACACAGAAUUGGUGAGAUGUGAUAAAACCUAGGAAUCUUAAAAAUUAGUCUUGCUGCGGAAUUCUGGAGCCAUUGUAACUUUGCUAUUUGUUUAGCUGGUAACCCAUACAGAAUACUAUUACAAUAGUCAAUGUGCCCAAUUAUUAGGGCAUGAACAAGUGUCUGGGUUGCUUGAUUACUUAAAUACUUUCUUAUUCGUCUUACAUUUGUAAUGUAGUAAUAGGCUGCUUUACACAUGUUAUUGAUAUUAACUUGAAGACUCAUGUUUCUCUCAUCUCGCCGCUUUCCAGUCACAAGAAGUUUUACAAUUUCUGUUAUCAUUGGACAUUGCCUUUCAACAUCUGUUGCCAAAUCAUCAAAGUACAUUUCUCCAAUCAUUAGCUCCAGGUCAUCCUCAUCUUUUAAAUUACAUAUUCCAAUGUUUUGAAGCUGCUGUAAAGUAGUUAGCUCUUUUUGGAGUUUGAGUCUUUGUUCUUCCUUUACGCUACCCUUUACAGAAGCCAGAUCAUUUAAGGCACCACAUAUGACACGAGAUCUCUCUGCUUCAUUGCUAUUGUCUUUCAAAGCCUUUUCCAGCAACUCUAUUUUCUUCUCCGAAGAUAUAAGUUUCUUUUUUAGGACUUCAUUUUCGGAUGUAAGUAUCCCAAAACACUCUAUAUUUUUAUUUCAAAUCAAUUUAUUUCAAUAAAAUUGUUUUCCUUGACGAAUUAAUUUUUAUUAGGAUAUUUUAUGUCCAUAUGGAACAAAAGAAAGAAGAUACAUUGGAUACCCUGUUGAACAAAUUAUGUGACCAACUUGACAAGAGCAUUUGUUCUGAUGGAAAAAGCAACGUGGUUUCAAAUGUGAAAAAUUGCAUUGCAGAGUGUUUUGGGAUACUUACAUCCGAAAAUGAAGUCCUAAAAAAGAAACUUAUAUCUGCGGAGAAGAAAAUAGAGUUGCUGGAAAAGGCUUUGAAGGACAAUAGCAAUGAAGCAGAGAGAUCUCGUGUCAUAUGUGGUGCCUUAAAUGAUCUGGAUUCUGUAAGGGGUAGAGUCAGCUUAAAGGAAGAACAAAGACUCCAACUCCAAAAAGAGCUAACUACUUUACAGCAGCUUCAAAAAAUUGGAAUAUGUAAUUUAAAAGAUGAGGAUGACCUGGAGCUAAUGAUUGGAGAAAUGUACUUUGAUAAUUUGGCAACAGAUGUUGAAAGGCAAUGUCCAAUGAUAACAGAAAUUGUAAAACUUCUUGUUACUGGUAAGCGAGAUGAGAGAAACACUGGAAAAAAGGCACCAGAGUUUAAAUUCAAGUCAGCAGUGCAGGUGCUUCUUGCUCUUGAUGACAUAAGAUCACAGAAAACAAAAAGUGACUUUUCUACUUUGUUUGGCUUACUCUUGAUGUCCCAUGGUGCUGGAAAAACGAUGCUGGAUGCACUUGAACCAUUUGGAUUGUGCAAGUCCUACAACUUCUUGUAAGUACUACUUUACUUUAUCAUGUAUUUUCAAAAAUAAACGAUUUUUCUUGAAUUCAGGGACAUAUAUAAUAACAUGCAUGCCAUCAUUGUCUAAACUCAUUAACUGUAAUUUUAUAUCUAGUGAUUAAACAUUUUACAGCUAGACUGACAAACUAGUGUCCCUGGACCAGACUUACUUUAUAAGUAAACAAGUAAUUUAAUAAAAAAACUGAAAGAACAUGUCUUGUCUCCUAGCUUGAUCUAUAGAUUCUUCUUGCAUUUUUUACCCUUACAUGAACCCAAGAUUAACCCAAACAGGCUUUAAAUUUUAAAACUUACUGGAGAAAAAAGAAAUUGUUACUUAAUAAUAAAUUAAAUAGGCCAUUUCCAAAAACUCUCACUUUCAAAACAAGGCUAGGUGCAAAACCUUUCUUGUAAGAAAAAUUAUAAAUUAUAUUUACAUGAGAAUAAAAAAAAUAUUUCAUUUCAAUAGCUUUGUAGUACAUAGCCUUGCUUUAGGACAGAGGGUUGGAGUAACUUGAAAAUGGCCUAUUACUGCCUGUUUCAUUUAUUAAGGCUUCUUUUUUUAUUGCAGUCGUGGAUUGCUUGAUGCUCGCCUCAACAAUUAUGCUGAACUACUUAGAAAGAAAAUUCCUUUAGAGUGGCCAGUUAUGUUGAUCUUUGACAACAUUAACAUCUACAAGGGACAUUCACGUCACAUUAGAUUAAAGAAGAGUACAGCACCAUCCAUGUGGAACUUCACAGUAAGAGCAGUUUUGAAACCAAAUAUAUGUGGAAUGGAAUACCUUUGGAGAGACCCUGACACAGCAACCAAACCCCAAGGAAAGCUGAAAGAAGUUAAGAGCGAACAGCUGUUUAUUGGUUAGUAUAAUUAACAAUUAAUGAAUGGGGCUGAGUAUCUUAUGAAGAAUUAUUAUGGAGAUCACAGAGGGUGUUAUCCGUCGAUGCUGUAGGCCGGGAUGGAUAACACCCUACGAGAUCUCCAUAAUUCUUCAUAUGAUACAAAAGCCGAAUUCAAUAAUUGUUUUAUUAUUCAUUCGAAAUAAGUCCUACUUUAAAAACAUGGCUAAAACAUGGUAACCUCCAUCGAUCCAUCGAUGGUAAGUUCAUCUUCGAUAGUGCACGUUUAGGUUUGUCCUGCUCUGCAAAUAUUCUCCAAAUAGCAGAUGUUGUCUUUUUGCUGUUCUUGCCAUGUUUUUAGCUAUGCUUUCGCCUAGUUCUUACUCUUGAAACAAGUUUAAUGUCCACCAUUUUUCAAGUUCACAAUCAAAACAACUCAACCUCGUCCCCAGGUCUUCUCGGUUAACGGUGCCUUAACCUGCGAAAACGUUGCAUUUUUGACGUCAUUUCCUCAUUAAACACAAAAUUCUUCCAAAUUUGGUCAUCAGUAACUGGUUAUGGUGAAUUGAACAAGUGCUUUUAGCCAAUCAGAAUCGGGAAAAUAUUUUGAAUGAAUGAUAAUAAAUAUUAUUAAAAACUGAAUCAUUGGAUAAUGCAGUUCUAGAGCUUUGGUUGGCUUAGCCAUCAUGGUAUAUGAGCCAUUAUACCGUACUUUCCAAAUAUGGUAAUUGUAAGCAUCUGCUUAAAAGUAGAAACAAGCUGAAAAUGAUAAUCGGUUUUUAUUUUUUAAGAAAGUAAAGGAUUAAGUAGAAUAGUAGUUGCAUAUCAAGUUUUAGAAUUAUAAUGAUGAACCUUAAAGUUAUUGCUGCAUUUUUAGUGUGAUCAAUUUUUUUUCAUUGUAGAGUCAUCACCAGAAGUUGAAAAGGGAUACUCAAAUGAGGUAGAUACCUUACUGCUGAAAGUAUUGGACUUUGGUCUAAACACCGUUUCAGUAAAGAGAAAGGAACUGCUUAAAAUGGCUGAGACAGACUUAAUGGAUACUCUGAAAAGUGAUACAUUCCUCUCAAAAUCAAAGGGAAAAUACUUAAUCAAUGUUCCUGUAGCAAAGGCAGAAGAGGACACCCCAACUGCGUCAAAUGUUAUGAUUUUGCCUUUCUCAUUGGCAGAUGAAGCAUUCACCUGUGGUGAAGCAGUGAUUUACCGUGAGUAUGCAAGUGAGCUAGGCCUAGGCAUUAAGAAAAGUGAUGACUACAUACCCUUUCAUCUUUCAAAUAAGAAGUACGAUGUUGCCUCUGCCAGAGAACGAUACAAGGUCUAUAGAGAACUAGACAUUCACUUUGAACAUUUAGAAUCAAUGAGAAAGGCUUUUGCAGACCAUGAAGUACAAUAUAGUGAAACUGAACCGGUAAUUAUUACCCCAGACCAUUUAACUGCAAGUAAUUUCAAGACAGUUAUGAAACAAAAAUCACACAAAAUGGCUGAGAUCAUCAAAGAAUUAGUAACAGGGAUUGAAGGCAUGCCCUUAAAGGAAGCUAUUGAUUUCAUUAAAUCAAAAAGUGGAAUAUGGUAUGGCUUCAAGGAUGACUGUCUCUCAACUGUGUUGCAUGUUGCUGUUGAAAGAAACCUGGGAACAUUGGUUGAAUGUCUACUGGCAUGUGGUGCAGAGGUGAAUAGUAGAGAAGGGUGUGGAGUUACACCCUUACAUUUGGCAGUUUUUCACGGGCAUAUUGAAGUAGUGAGGACUUUACUUCGAUAUGAUGCAAAACCUUCAGGAACAUUUCCUGGAAAUAUACCAUCACCUUUACAAGCUGCCCUACAACAAGACACGCCUUGGGAAAUUGUCAAGCUUCUACAAGACAAGUCAACCGAAAUUAAGUCGCAAACUGCACUUCUUGCCCAUGAAAUCCUUACAGGAACUGAAGGCAUGAAUGCUGAUACAAAUAAUACAUUAAAUCACAACUCUGUAAUUGGCAACCCCAAUCAAGAAACUAAUCACAGUGUCCGCAAUUUGGUGGGUGCAAGAGACAGAGUUAUUGCUGUGGGAGAUGUGAAAACCACAACAACAACGCGUGGCCUUAGAAAUAGAUGUCCUGAUGAGUUUGGAAGUUUCAGUGAGACACCCGGAGACUUCCACACUAUCGGUUAUUGCAUGGAAAUUAUCUCACGUCUAUAUGGAUCAGGUGGUUUCUUUUAUGUUAUUAGACAUAUCUUGAACAGGAGCAAGAUAACAACAGAGGCGUUUGAUAAAAUCUUCAAAGAGGAACACUAUGAACGAUGCUUUGAAUCACUAAACGAUUUUUUCUGGGGUCUUGCAUUGGCCAUGGUACAGUCAUUUGAGGAUUCUGUGUAUUUUCCUAAUAGCGACAUAGCAAGGCAAAGGAUCGGUAAAGAAAGGGAAGAUUUCAGUACACGAUUGCUGAACAGAUUUAAAGACUGGGCCUCUGAAAAUAGUAAAAAUGAUAAGACAUUUCAGUUUUUUUCUGAAUUUGUCCUAGAAUUUGGUCCCCUUUUGCUUAUUUAUCAAAGUGCCAUACGUAAUGGGCAGGGAAUUGUGCGAGAGGCUUGUUGGAUGAAAUUGUUACCCCUUUUCACGGUACUAAAUAAGAAGAAUUACAGAGACGAGGCCUUUGUUCAUGUACUCAAUUUCACUUGCAACUGGCCAAUUGCUCUUAGGAAACUUCUAAGAAGAAAUUGUUCAAUCAAGCUUAAAAGAUCACAUCAUAAUUUGGCUCUUGAUGAGUUUGUGGAGACAAUGCUAGUAAGACCCCUUAAAGUGUAUGCCAGAAAACAAACAACGGUAUCAAUGUUACAAAAGAUUAACAUGAACUUAGAGUUACUACAACAUGUACAGAGAGUGUUCAAGAAAUCAUUUGAUAUUCACCCCACAAGCAAACAUACAAAGCAAGACUCCACUCCUGACAUAGUAAAGGUCGCCUGGUUUGCAACUACACAGAAAUGGUUUGAAGAUAAAGGAAGAGACAACAUUUACAGCUACCCUUAUGGAAACAAAGUUCUGCCAAAGCACAAAGAACCAAUUCCAAAGAAACUUUUGGACCCAAUUAAGAGGGGAAAGGAAAUGAUCGUGAAAAGUUUUACUGAAAUGAGAUGUCGUCUUUUUCCUAACUCAGACUACAUAUCUUUGUAAAUAUCACGGACUGUAGGAUGUCUAAUUUUUGGUAGGUCUGUGGAUAAAAAAGCGGAAGAAAUAUGCUUGCUUCGCAUCUUGCAUAGAUUUUUGCAAGCAUGUUAUUCUCGUACAAAUUUCUGCCAUUGAUCAAAGGCUACUAUCAAAUCUACGUUCAUUUAACAUGUUAAAAUAAGUUGGGUUAUAAGCAUGUCUACAUACAGUUUAAACAAAAAGGGUUAACUUAGUAAUUAACAGGCACAAAUUCAAGUGAGCUAUGUGAUACAUGAAACGUCAUUCCAGGGAAUUUUCACUAAAAAGUAAAAUGCCCCUUCAUCAAUGCAUAGAACACCGCUGCCUUCGAUGUUUUUGUUUCAGUAUAACCUAUUUUUCAUUGAAAAUGGUUCUAAAUAAACACCCCGUUUAAGGCUACUGUGUAUUUGGGCGGUUUUCUGGUAAAUGAUAGGAUACAAAGAGGCAGCACUGUCAGACGACCAGGCUUAAACCUAUAACAAAUCUUUUUAGGGUUAAGAGUGACAUUGCCCCUCAACUUUUUCCCUCGCCAUCCCUCAGCCGUACUUUGCUUGCCUUUCUUUUCUUUUGCUGUGUAUGAAGUAAGUUUGCAAAAACGUGUAAGAUGGUUGGAAGAAAGUGCAGAUGGGUAAUGGAACAAGGUUCGUGGAAAAGUCAACAACUUACUUACACUGAUGUAGUUUUUAAUUCACCCAGGUCUCUGUAUAAAAGUUAGAUGCUUUUUCUAUAUGUAAGAAUACAGGAACCAUUCAAGCAAUCUGCAAACUUUGUUCCCAGUGUUAGGUAAACCGCGUUUUUGUUCCGUGCUGUUUCUUCUGGGGGAAUUUCUCGGAGAACAUCAGAAGCAACUAAAACACGAAGUAAAUACUCCCCUUCAUCAGUUGUUGUCUUCAAACAGCCAUACUCUUGUAGCCUCUGGUGCUCCUCCUUCACUUUCUUCCCUGUCAAUAUCCGGGCAAAGUAAGUUAGUGGAUAUUUAGCUCUUCCUGGGCAAUCUGAAACUCUCUGUACACAUGUUAUUGCAUUUCUUGCAAACUCCCCAACAUUUUUUGUAAGGUACCUUUUUUCUGAUGAGCAUACGUCACACUUACUCUGGCAAUCACAUUGCUCCUUGAAGUAUUCCAGCAUUACUUUCCUCCGACAAUCGCCUCUUUGAAAGCAGUAGUACAUGACCUUCUGAAAACUGGCAAGUCUCUGAGUGGCAUAAGCUCGAUUAACAUUCAUCUUUCCAAAUAUAUUUCUUACGUGGAAAACUUGAUUAUGCGGAACAAAAUAAACAACAGAUUUGGAAGGUUGCCGAUCUCUCCCUGCUCUACCAGAUUCCUGGUAGAAGUCCUCCAUAGACUGUGGUAUAUCAUAAUGAACUACAAGGCGCACAUCUUUCUUGUCAAUGCCCAUGCCAAAUGCACAAGUACAUACGAGACAUUGUAAAUCAUUUUUCAUCCAUAAGGUUUGUCUGUGUUUUCGAAUGCCAUCUUCCAUGCCCCCAUGGUAACACUUGCUCUUUAUUCCUUUGGCCUCAAGCUUUGGGGAAAGAUCUUCACAUUCUUUUCUUGUCGAACAGAAGACUAAAGAGCUACCUUCAGCUUUUACUAGGGCUGCCAAAUCAUCCACCGAGUUGGCAUUCUUUUGUCUCACUUCAUAAAAGAUGUUCUCCCUGUCCAUUGGUGACAAAACUAACUGUGUGUUCCUAGCUCCUAACAUAGAAAUAAUAUCAUCCCUAGUGACCUUGCUAGCUGUAGCAGUCAACAUCAGAAGGGAAACGUUUGGAAAGCUCUUUCUCAGCUCUGACAAUUUCACGUACGAAUCUCUGAACUCAUGUCCCCACAGGCUUACACAAUGCGCCUCAUCAACAACAAAGAGACUAAGUUUGUUCCUUGAGUAAAGGGUGGUCAGAAUAUUGAAGAAUGUUUUGUCCUUCUCAAUGAUCUCUGGAAGUACAUAGAGAAUUUUAAAUGGACAAACUUGUUGUUUAAGGCACAUGUAAAUUCCUUGCCUUUCCGAUUCAGACAAAUCGCCAUGUAAGGCUGACGCACCAAUGUUGUGAGUCAUACACACCUUCAACUGAUCAUCUAUAAGUGAUUUCAAGGGUGACACAACUAUUGUCAUACCAUGAAAUUUAUGAGCAGGAAGCAUGUAAAUAAGUGAUUUCCCUCCCCCUGUUGGAAGGGUGACAAAGCAGUCUCUACCUUGAAGUAGAUAAGUUAUUGCUUCUCUUUGCUCAGUUCGGAGUUCAGUGUAACCCCAUUCCUUCUCUAAAAUUACCUCAAGCUGUUCAAUGAUGGAGUCAAUAUCACAUGUAUCAUGCUGUGAUGUCAGUGUGUUUGACAAAUGUAGUCCUUCUAAAUCAGGUAAGACUGAAGUUGUAUAUGUGGAUACAUUAUUUAGAGAACUUGAUGUAACUUCCUCCACAGGUUCAACAGUGGAUCUUAGACAUUCAAUUUCUGGUAAGUCACGACCAGAAGGUGACUUCACUUUCCAAGCUUGAUACACUUUGGUUGUAUUACUGGAUGACACAGUAAUAUUCUGGUACCGUUCACUUGAGAAGUUUGUUAAUUUUUCCCCAGCCAGCAACACAAAUGCCACCUUCAGGGCAGCAUUGAAGAAAGAAAUGUCUCUAAAUGUCACAUUUCCCAAUGAGUAUUUUACUGCAAACAACUGCCCACCAAUCUAAAUAGAUAAAGAACAAAUUCAAAACAAUUUAAGACAACUACAUGUACAACAGUCAUUGCAAGGGAUAACAUACAUGGGGAGUGAAGCUUAUGCAAAAAUGUGAAGUGACGUCUUUAUUUAAAGAGGAUAAACACUUGAUAGUUAUUAUCUAAAAAUUAAUGAUAAACUUUUGGCCCUCUAUAAACAUAAAAUCAAUAAAAUCAUAAAAUCAUUCUACAAUGUCAUUAUAAAAAGAUCAAAAUUUUCAUACACAAAAUCUGUAAUAGACACAAUUAAAAACAAGCCAAAAAAGAAUUUAAAAACUAUCUACAGUCUCAAUUUAAAAAUUGUAACUAUUUAAAAUCAAUAUUAAUUAUUUAAAACAAGUAAAAGUAAAAUAAAAAUAUACUUAGUGUACUAUUUUACGGACUUAAUAUAAAAGGCUACUUAACCAUUUUUCAUAGCGAUGUUCAGAAUUACCUGUUGCUCUUUGCUUAGUAAUUUAAGUCAUAAACAAUUAAUUUCUUUUUAAAAAAUUUAACAUUUUUAACUUUCUUAACAUCAGCAGAUAGUUUGUUCCAAUGUAAAAUCCUCCUCACGCUAAAAGUGUGGCAUCCUACUGUAUUUUUCUUUAAAAAGGACAAUGAGAUUAAGAUUUGAAAAACAAAUGGAUAUGUUAUGAACCUGAGAAGUUGUCUUUAAUAUAGAAUUAAUGCAAUCUGGAGUUGUACCGUCUAGUCUCUUAUCAGCUUUAGAACAUCUGCUUAUAUAUGCCACCAUAACAAUUGGAAUCCAGUUCAUUAAACAUAAAUAAUAUGCAUGUUGUUCUUUCAGUGUCUAAUAUAACGUGUACAGCUAUCUUCUGUGUCCAUAAGACUGUUUCUAGCAAUUCCUUACUGCAAGAUGAUCACACUGGACUGAGGUGCAACAUAACUGGCUUAUAACAGCGAGAUAUAAAAUUAAUUUCAUCUUACCACUUUACUUGAGUUGAGGAGCACUUUGAGAAAGGCAGCAUUCUCAUUCCUUAUCCUCCUCUCCUCUCUUACUUCAUCCAUAUUGACCUCACAUCUAUGGGUUCUACUGUAAUGGGUACCAAUGUCCACGAACCAUUCUUUUGUAUGUUGGCAUGUUGGGUGAGGACAGGGGAAUUUGUUUUCUUGUAGUGCUGCAAAAAAUUUAAAUCAAAUAUUAAAAGUUACUAAUGUGUAAAAUGAUUCGGGCUAAAACGAAGAGGCAUAGUGGAUAACAGAAAUUUGAGAUUGAGAUGAACCAUCAUCAUAACCCAUCAGACCUUCCUGUGUUUAAAAUUCUUACAAAAUUUUGGGGUAUCUGAUAACAAUAGGCCUUUUGAAAUUGUUGGUCACAUGAUCAACUUUCUUUAAACCAAAAACUAGUUCGCUUUCAGAAAAAAAUGUUUGCAGGAACUGAAAGAGCAUAUUUGUUAACCUGCAAAUUUUCAGCCCUGUAUCUCAAAAGUAGCAAUUAUUGCAAUGGCUUCCAAAAAGUUGAAGGAUUAGUAUGGAAAAAUGAACUCUUGUCAUCGAGUCACAUGUGGUUCUCCAUGCAAAGCCUUGUAAAUUUUCUAAAUUUCAAACCAUCUAGAAAUCUUAAAUUCCUUAAGCAUUACAAGGUACAGAUUUUCUUUUAUACAUAACAGACAAUUUGAGCCUGUCAUGUGUAAGGAAAAGAAGAUUUUAUCUUUAAAAUUUAUCUUAAUGUUAACAGUACCUGAUAAGUAUAUCAUAUUUCUAGAGAGUAGUGGAACAAAAUGAUUAGGAACAAAAUCCCUCAAAUUUUCCACGGGUCCCACUCUGCUCCACAGUACAGCCAGGGGGGGUUUCUCCUCAAAGACACGUGGUGUUAUUGUAAUAUGAAAAUACUGUCGUACCUGUAAGAUUUAAAUAACCUUAACAUAACAUUCAGAAUGAAAAAAGUACAUUUGGAAGAAUCACAUAUUUACAUACCAAUGUAAAGCUAUCAAACCACUAGCGAGAAACAAUAAGUAUGUCUCUGACGUUCUGUCUUAUAACCUAAGAAACUCAGCUGUUAACUUAUAUAAUAUUAUUCUUAAACCUAAGUAAGAGAUAGGAAAACAUAGCCUUCACCACAGAGGAUCUGUCCUCUGGAAGAACAUCCCAAGAGAGGCAAAAGAAAAGACCAUUUCAAAUCAUUCCUCAUAGACAAACAUGCUCUUUAGUUGCAAAGUCAUAGAGUUUUUAGUGUGUUAAAUUUAGAACUUAGUAUUUAAGUAUGUAAUAAGUUUAUUGUAACUGUUUGCUUUUAAAGAUCAUGCAAAACAUUCUAAUCAUCUUUUGUAAGAAUAGUACCAAACACUCAUGUAAUAUUCUUGUUAAACUUGUUGUUUCUGAAAGGCCACUGCUAUGCAAGUGAUCCCAUGGUUAAAUAAGAUAGUAGUACUAGUAGCAAGAAAUCCAUUUAAGACACAGAGGACUGUAGAUAAUUCCAACCUUUGCCUUUGUACCUUGGGAUAGCCAAUCUGACUUACUUGUUGUCAGACAAAGAUAGAAUUACAAAGAUAGCUUGGCUGGACAUAUACAUAUACAUUGGUGGAAGGCAAGUUUGAUAUGGAUUUCAAUUUUACUCGUGAUCAAAAAAUUUAAAAUUAAAUUUACCUUUGGUGUCGUUUCAGGAUAAACGCUCCUGAUCUUCCUCCUUAAAACAGCCCCUAAAGCUUGGAUCUGGAACAUUGACGCGUACUCAAAAAGCUGACAGGUCUUCAUUACCUCCGUCUUGUAAAUUUCGUGGACAAAAUCAGCAUCUACGAGUCCACUAUCAUUUCCUUCGACACCUAGAAGUCUCUCUUGUGCUGCGAUUCGCUCAACGAGUUCUUCGUCAGCUAAAUAAUAUGUUGAGUGAAGGGCUAGCUCGAUUACACAUCUUGCACGGAGCUCAACGUGCUUUAACUCAUUCCCAGCAACCAACAAAGAAAAGGAUCUAUAAAGGCAGCUUCCAUCACCAGUUGAAUUCAACGGAACGUACUCCUCGAGCUCCUGAGAUGGGACGAUUUGUUGAGCAUAAAAAUCCACGUUUAUUUCAUCAACCAUAGAUUCCUUGAACGAAAAUUCUCCAACAACUUUACGGAUUUCAUAGCAAACGUUAACUAAACUAUCCCAACCUGUUUCCGUUGCUUUUUGCAUUUCUUCAAGAAUUUGGCUAAAACCGUGACUCGGCGGCGCCAUUUUGGAUUUGCCAUUAUUUGCCAGGCGUCCUGGGCGAAUUUUCCCGACAAGCUUGACAGGUGACGUCACAUCCGAAAUCGCCGAGGACGACUGGGAACGAGGCUGCCAUGGAACUGCAAUGGGCACAAAGACAGCAGUUUUGAUUCCUUUACCAAUAUUUUCAUGACAUAUAUUGAAACAACAACUCUGAGCAGAACUGUCUCUACAACAACAGUUUGGAAAUGCUACAUACACAAUAUCUUUUCCCUAUGGGACAAGAGUAAACCAGACAUCGAAGCGUUCAUUCAUUGAACAAGCAAACUUACAUCACCCAACUAUUGAAUUCACAGCCGAAACAUUUGACACUGAGAUUGCGUUUUUAGACAUGGUUGUAUACAAAGGCACAAGAUCCAAGGAAAAAUCUAUCCUUGAUGCACAGACACAUUUUAAACAAACGGAAACCUUCUUGCACACAUAUUUCACCUCGUGUCACCCUCCAAAUGUUAAAAAAGGAUUUGUCAAAGGAGAAGCCUUGAGAAUCCUACGAAAAAACUCCUCAGAAACAACCUUUAAGGAAAAUAAUUCAAAUUAAAAAAAAAAAACGCUUGAUGGACGGAGGCUACCCACAAUCUUUGAUAGAAAACCUACUAUCAGAAAUAAAAUUCACAAAAGUGAGUCUAAACGCCUAAAACAAAACAACAAUGAGGAAAAAGAACCAACUAUGACUUCAAUAAAUUUUUAAAGAACCACCAAUCAUUUCCUUACAAAACAGGAAAAUCAUUAAAGGACAUGCUCGUUAGAGCCAAAAAAAAAAGGUUAACCGAGGGUUCCACGUCGGUAUAGAUGUGCGGCCUGUCACCCUUUGUAUUUUCUCGCACAACAGGUUUGUAAGUAUUUUAGCAAUAAUUCCAGCUGGCUGUGUUUUAUAUAACACUGUCUCGUUAGUAGUUAGUGCCUAUCUAUGUAAUAAAAUAGGGUGACCCACCCCCUAAGGGUAGCUCAAAAUUACACGACCCACCCCUUGCACAAGGCUCAAAACCUCAUGACCCACCCCCUCUUUGCUCCGGCCCACCUCCCCCCCAAUACUUUUUGACCAGUCCCUAAAGUCAAAUUCUGUGCGAUACCACAUGCAUCAUUGAAAAAAUCUUUCCUUUUUGUCUAGUUUUGGGCUGAGCGCGGUUUUUGUCCAAGGGUCCAAAAUAGCCGUAUUUGUCAGCAUUGUGACGUCAAAACGAGCACGGUGACCCCCACUUUUUAUUACCUUUUUAUCAUCUUCUUCACUUUUCACAUCAGUGUACCAAGUUUCAUCUACAAUCUAUGUUAGAUUCUUUUUCUAGGGAAUCACCUUAAGCAAAAUCUAUGAGAGCGUUAUCAAGAUGGAAUGAAGUUUUGUGGUUAGAAAUGUAUGUUAAAAACUGGACAAUCUCGACGUUCAGCUGUUAUCUGUAGAAAACAAAGUGCUUUUGAAAUGCAAUUUCACCUCAUAGUAGUUUCAACCUUUUUAAAAGCUUGUGUGAAAGAUCAUGGAGAUAGCUCUAGGCGAUUGCUAGAAAGAAAGAUUUGAUAAGUAUGUCAUCGAGGCGCUCCUGUCAGCAGUGUUGUAGAGUGUUUGGUCUACUUUAACCAUGUUAACAAACCAGCAAAUUAUUUUGAAACUGUAUAUAGAUUUUUUUUUUAAAAUUUGAGAUUCUCAAGACCAAUCAUCAUUUUAUAUGACCUUUGAGUUUGAAGAUUAUUGAUAUAUUUAAAGGCAGUAAAAAAAGCGCUACAAUUCACCAUUUUAACUCAUUAUUCAGGGGUAUUGUCUCCAUUGGUGGAAAAAGCUCCUGUGGACCAUUUUGGAUGAACAGUUCUCAAACUCAUUAAUAAUUCAUGACGUUAUAAGCCAACCAGAGUGCCCUAUUCGGGUCAGGUGGGUGACUUUGAAACUCAAUGAAACAACAGUUGAAAAUCAUUAGUGUUUCAUCGUGUUUUCAUCACUAGUGGUAAAAUUGUCCUUAAUCUGCAUAUUCAUAGAUUACUCAAACACAGCUUAACAUAAAUCAUUAAUUUUUAAUAAAUGGCCAGGAAAGACAUUUCAAAUUACAACCUGACUGGCUCUUUUUCUUUUUGUUUCGCUUUCAAACCAAUGCCAGCUCGAGUCCCAUCCUUCAUGUCUGCGUCCAAUAUUCGUCUGAAGAUAACAAAUCUAACGACGAAAAGAGAAAAAUUCGAUGCAAUUUCCUAAAGUUUUAAAAUAUCAAAUGGCACCCCUCUCCAAUAACGCCAAUUCACGCACCUUUUGUCUGAAGAGUCCAAGGGAUUGAACUCGAUGGCUAAGUUCUUUUCUACCAAGAAUUGGCGAAUGCCGCAGACAAUCUGGUACAAUGUUUCCGGAGGGUAUUGAUCUUUUGACCACUUUGCCACCUCUUGAACAAAUUUGGAUAACCAAUAGUUGAGCAUCAAUGCAUCCACCUCUGUUGUGGGCCGAGUAAGCGGCUGAACUUUGUCCAAUUCAUACUCUUUAAAAACUCCACCAAUUUCGACUAUUGGAAACUUUACACUUCGCACUUGUUGCCAAUCCUCAAAAAUGCCUACUGCCCACUUAUUUUUUUAUAUCUGGUAGACUUCGGUACUGCUCUCUCUACGCAAAGUUCUUCUUCCUCAAUUGUUUUCGGGAAGCAAAACCUUCCUUUGGCCAUGGCAAAAACAGUAUGUAAAUCACUUCAAGUUCAUAACGCUUUUGGAAUACAAAUUUGGUGCAACGCGAAACUAUUGGGCAAUUAAAAACAAACACUCAAAAAUACAAUGAAUGCCAACUGAAUACAACAAAUCACAGGUACAAGGCAUUUUAAAGACAAAAGGGAAAAAUACAACACUGCAUAAUUUUGUAUUGUUUCUUUGGAGAAGUCAUUUAAAAAACUUGCGCUUUGGGUUUCCUCAGUUUUCCAAACGCUCGAAAACAAUAAAAUGUUUCAAAUGUUUUCUCGUGUUUGGAAAGCUGAUGCUGAUGCUGAUGAAACCCUCGCACUCGUUUUUGAAAUAGUACUUCCCAGUGCCAAGAAAUACAGCUGCAAGUAAAAUAGGUAAUGGCAUCAUUUUGUUGCUAUGACAACUCCAAUGUCAUUUUAUAUUGUAACCCUGAUCAUUACAAAUUUUCAUCUUUAUCUAAUACAGCUGUAGUGAUAAUUUUUCCCAAUCUUUGUUAAUAGUGAAAUAGUGUAUGCUCAAACUUAGGAGGUAUUGACCCUGAAAAACCCCAUCGAACCACCUUAAGCUUUUGUGGACAUUAAGCUGCAUGGUUUAAGUAAGCCCACCAAAAAAUAUCUCAAGCGUGGAAAGAUGUCACAUAUUGGUCGCUAGGCUGCCAAAAAAUGGGUCUUCAAAAGCAGUUUAAUAUAUUUUCAGAGAAAAAAGAUGCGUUUCUUAUAAUCAGAGGAACACUCAUGGAGACUGAAAGUUUGGUCAGAAUGUUAAAACAUGAAUAAACAAAGGUGCAGUUCAUUAUGAAACCACUUUCUCCUUUAAGUUUGCAAAAAGGUUAUGUUUCUGUGAAGAAAUCUGCAGACCAAAACCUUGCUGUUCUACUAAUACCUAGUUACAGUCGAGGAAGAUCAAACGUACCCCCUAAGAUUCUUUUUAUGAAUUGAUUAUACGGAAAAUAAAUCUGUUAGUUGUUCCCGUAACUGGUGUCAAAUUCAAAUUGGCAUUCCUGCAUGUGUAAUGAGCAAUGAAUAUUUUACGAGCACUUCUCUGUAUUUGGUCUGAUUGAAAAUCUUUGAAUGGAUUAAAUUUCUUAGAAGACAUUUACAUCACAUUCACUGAAACUGAGCUGGUAUAAAUUUCGUAACUGCUUUGCGUGUGAAUUCCCGGCUCAUUACUCAUGCAAGAAUGCAGAGAUAAAUCUGAAGUCUACAACUACCAACAGAUUCAACUUUCAAAUAAUAAAUUCACUAAUGGAAUCUUGGGGGUACGCUUGACCUAGCAUGACUCUAAGUGUUGUUAAUGUCCUUACGAUAUUUUAGUAAUGAUGCAACAUUCUUAGAAGGUUUGGGUCGUCUUGUGAAUAAUGAAAGAGCCACUAAAAGUAACUGCCACAUGAAAAAAAUUGCCCAUAACAACAAGGUCAACUUUUGUCUAUUUGCAAAGAAAGAUAUACCGGCAAAUACUGAGUUACAAUAUGACUAUGGUGUGAGUGACCUUCCAUGGCGCAAA